AGCUCGCUCACAUAUCCGCGCCCCCCCCUCUCUCUCCCGUCAUCUAUUAGCGGCUAGUUUCACAUCAACAAUGACUGUCUGCGCGGAAUUCAAAGAAAAACACGACAGUGUCUCAAUAAAUAUACUGAAAAUCUAUUGCGUUUAAAGUGUGUUUACCUAUGCGGCGGAGCAGCACCUGACACACGCGCGCGCAGACAGCAGACACACACGCGCACACCGCCCGCGGCACAAGAAGAAGAAGAAGAGCUCAAACUAUACACAUAUCUGGAAGAAGAAGGAGUGAGCCCUGGGUGUGUCUGCGAUGGCCGGUGGAAGGAGAGGUGCGAACCGUACCACGUACUGCAGACCUCCACUGAGCAGCGAACCAGGCUCGGUCAGCAAUGGCAACCACUCCACCAGCUCCCCGGUCACUGGGGUGCGAUCACGUACAAGGAAUGGUUCAGGAACGUGCAUGUCCAGCCCCCCGCUGGCUACGCAGACGGUGGUCCCUCUGAAGCACUGCAAGAUCCCCGAGUUAUCGGUGGACCGUAACGUGCUGUUCGAGCUCCAUCUCUUCUUCUGCCACCUCAUUGCCCUCUUUGUCCAUUAUGUCAACAUCUACAAGACUGUGUGGUGGUACCCGCCGUCACACCCGCCCUCACACACAUCACUUAACUUCCACCUUAUUGAUUAUAACAUGCUGGUGUUCACAAUCAUCAUACUGGCACGCAGGUUAAUUGCGGCGAUUGUUAAAGAGGCGUCGCAGAGCGGGAAACUAUCAUUCCCCCACUCCAUCUUUUUAGUGAUGGCUCGGUUCGCUGUGCUAACGCUGACGGGAUGGAGCCUGUGCCGCUCCCUCAUUUACCUCUUCAGAACCUAUUCUGUCCUCAGCCUGCUCUUCCUAUGCUAUCCAUUUGGGAUGUAUAUUCCGUUCUUCCGGCUGAACUGUGACUUCCGGCGAGCUGGUCCGCUCUCCCCCAUCGCCUCCAUCGGCUCCAAGGAGGUGGGCAGCAUGGGCCGGGGCAGAGACUAUUUUACUGUGCUGAAGGAGACGUGGAAGCAGCACACCAGUCAGCUCUACGGCGUCCAGGCCAUGCCGACGCACGCAUGCUGCCUCUCCCCGGACCUCAUUCGCAAAGAGGUGGAGUACCUGAAGAUGGACUUCAACUGGAGGAUGAAGGAGGUGCUGGUCAGCUCGAUGCUCAGUGCUUACUAUGUGGCCUUUGUACCUGUCUGGUUUGUCAAGAGUACACAGUAUGUGGACAAGCGCUGGUCUUGUGAGCUGUUCAUCCUGGUCUCGGUCAGCACGUCAGUCAUCCUCAUGAGGCACUUGCUGCCACCUCGAUACUGUGACCUGCUUCACAAAGCUGCAGCUCACCUGGGCUGCUGGCAAAAAGUAGACCCCUCGCUCUGCUCCAACGUUCUUCAGCACAUAUGGACGGAGGAGUACAUGUGGCCACAGGGAGUCCUGGUGAAACAUAAUAAGAACGUCUACAAGGCCAUGGGUCAUUAUAAUGUCGCAGUUCCAUCAGAUGUUUCCCAUUAUCGUUUCUAUUUCUUCUUCAACAAGCCUUUACGAAUAUUGAACAUACUCAUCAUCCUGGAAGGUGCCAUGAUAUUCUACCAGCUCUACUCGUUGAUAUGUUCAGAAAAGUGGCAUCAGACGAUAUCACUGGCUCUGAUCCUCUUCAGCAAUUACUACGCCUUUUUCAAGCUUCUCAGAGACAGAAUAGUCUUAGGAAAGGCAUACUCGUACUCAAACAGCUCGUCAGACCAGAAAGUCAGUUAGACUUAAAUUAUUAUCGGUCGCAUUCACUUUGGAACAACACAAACAUGCCUAAGAGCUCUGUAUUUUUUCUACAAACUGCAUUUUGUGUCACGUUUUUGUUCUGAUCU